CGUUUCGCUUUUGGGAUCUUCCGCUGCUGCUGGCCCCGUUCCUCGCUCCUCCUGCGGCGCCACGUGGCUGCUGCGGGCGCCUGGCUCGGGUGCGGGGGCCUUGACUUGCUCGUUUGGGGGCUGCCGACUGCCCCCCGUCCCCUCCUGCGCUCACCACCAGCCCGUGUCUGCCGCUGGCUCCCUGCAGAAGCAGAGAGAACAGAAGCCCAGAGAUCACAGCAGCCAUGGCCUCAGGGACUCCUGUACGGGAAAUCCAAGAGGAAACCAGCUGUCCCAUCUGCCUGGAAUAUCUGACGGACCCAGUCACCAUACAGUGCGGGCACAACUUCUGCCGAGGCUGCAUCUCUCAGUACUGUGAGACAUGGGAAGAGCAGGACUCUGACCCCUUGUGCUGCCCCAGCUGCAGAGCCCGAAUCCGGAAAGGGGCUUUCCAGAGUAAUUAUCAGCUAGCAAAUAUAGUGGAAAAAAUCAAACAAAUGGAUUUCAAACAAGGAAAAGAGAAUCUGUGUGAGAGACACGGCAAAGCCUUGGAUCUGUUCUGUGAAGAGGACGGGGAAGCCGUGUGCGUGGUUUGUGAGAGAUCCCUGGAGCACAGAUCUCACACGGUGCUUCUCAUGGAUGAUGCUGCCCAGAAAUACAAGGAAAGAAUCCAGGCCCACUUGAAAACUCUGAUGGAAGAGAGAGAAAAGCUGCUGGGAUUGAAAGCGACUGGAGAGAGGAAUUGCCGAGAAUAUCUGAAACAAACACAAACCGAGAGGCAGAAGAUUGUGUCUGAAUUUCAGCAACUGCAGCAGUUCCUGGAGGAACAAGAGCGACUCCUGCUGGCCCAGCUGGAGAAGCUGGACAAGGAGAUUGUGAGGAUCCAGAAUGAAAAUGUCAGUAAACUCUCCGAGCAGAUUUCCCAUCUCAGUGAGCUGAUCAGUGAGGUGGAGGGGAAGUGUCAGAAGCCAGCGAUGAAUGUGACUCUGGAUCCAGACACGGCUCAUCCCCACCUCGUCCUGUCUGAGGAUCGGAAAUGUGUGAGAUGGGGAGACAUGCAGCAGCGACUACCCAACACCUCUGAGAGAUUUGACACUGCUCCGUGUGUGCUGGGCUGUGAGGGAUUCACCUCGGGGAUGCACUGCUGGGAGAUUUUUUUCACCAUCAGUGCUGGUACAUCAUCCCCAUCACUAAUCUGCCCCUACAUUCCUGACAUCAGGAAAGUGAAACUGUUCCACUGCCCAGAGGGAGCCAUGGCCACAGAGAACCCCAUGGAAAGUCUCCAGGAGGAAGUUACAUGUCCCAUCUGUCUGGAAUAUUUCACAGAGCCUGUCACUCUGGAGUGUGGGCACAAUUUCUGCUGA